AUGUCUACAAAGACCGCUCCGGAAUCCGCACUAAAGGAACAAAUGGAGGCAGCCAUUCUCGCCGACUCAGUACCGCAACUCAAAGCCGCAAUAGAGCAUGCGGCCGAUCUUCUAGACCUGGAGGAAUGCACAGAAUUCAUGAACGAUGCCCUAAAGAACGUGGUCCGUGGAGGCAAGACGGCACUCGCAGAACAUCUCCUACACGAGGGCGCCGACAUCACCGCACUCAAUGUCCUGGACGUAGGACAGAAACCAUCAAUCGCUCUCUUCGACCUUUUAAAAUCCUACGAAUAUGACUUCAACAAAGCCGGUCCUCCAGAUCCAAUGGCCAAAGGACGCACUCCAAUCUACAAAGUCACACACGAUGCAGAGCUCAUUCAGUGGCUGCUCGACCACCGGGUCAGCGUAGAUCUGGGCCAAGAGGACUACUGGUAUUGGGCAAGGCCGCCGUUGCUGUUACAAGAGUGCGCUUCCAUCGGCUCAGUCGCUUCGUUCAAGGCCAUUAAAGAGCGGGGCGCUAAAGUAGGGCGGAGGACGCUGCAUACUGCGGUGAAGGAGGCCGCGGUGUUGGGGUGCGAUCCUGACGACGCUUCUCUCGAUAGCAGGGAAGUCGACAAGGAUGGACCAACGCGUGGGCUAAUUGAUCUGCCGGAAUGGUUGCACAAGAGAAACAGGGUAGAGAUGCUGAGGUACUUGGUGGGCGAGCUGCACCUGGAUGUGAAUGGAUUGGAUAGCGACGACCAGUCCCAACCUAGCGCCUGGGGUACGCCUCUGAGAUAUGCGCAACGGCAAGAAGGAACAGGCGCUGACGUCGCGAAAUGGUUACUGAAGAAUGGCGCGGAUCCAAAUGCUCCUCCUUUACUUCCUAUGGGGACGCCCGAACCGCCUCAGAACGCGGACUAA